CUCUACUGGGCCGUCAUCCAUCAAAGGAUGGAAAGAAAAAUUCUUCUUUGUGGAUGACACCGAGUGGAGUAGGAUGGAUGCCGAAGUGGAACAGUUGUUUGCUUGGAAAGCGAAGAAAACCAAGCAGAACAACUAUAAGUUGAAUGAGGAUGAGGUGGAGGAGAUGAAGAAGCUGGUGAGGGAAGAUGGGGACGUAGUGGAUAUCUUGUACCUCACCAGCCCGGAGGUGAUAGAUGCUGCUGAGCUCUAUGGGCCAAGCUCAUUGGGGGAAGCUGAGAUGGACGAGUUCGUCACUGCUGCUGGGGGCCUGCGCAUCCCCAAGAAGCCAAGGAAGAAGUUAAAGACUUCAACUGCGGUGGAGAAGGAGGUGACAGAGUGGGGGCGACUGUCCAGCACUUCUGCCCAGGCUAUGGAGGUGCAGCCAAGGCCGGAGCCAAUGAUGGGGGGUAGCGAGGAUGUAAGUGAGGAGAUGGCACCUCUUCAGAGGAAGAAGAGGAGGGUGGCAGAGCCAGAAACCAGGGGGGACGAGGUGGUGGAGUUCGUGCCCUGGCCUUCUCCUCCAAAAAUCGAUCCUGAGGUCCGGGAGAGGGAAGAGGCCGGGGUGCGAGGCCCUGGCAGGGGCGAGGAGCUCAUCCUUCCUCUUUUGCCUGAGAAAAGUCUGUUUGAGGCGGCAAACACGACUGGGGUGAAGCACUUCCUCAAUCGCACUCUCCCGGAGGUGGAUAGGAAGCGGGCGAGGGAUGAGGCGGUGAGACAUGUGGGGUAUACCGUUGUGAGGCACGCCCUAGAGGAGUAUGCAGAGAGCGUGAGAGAUCGUGCCAACUUGCAGAGGCAGUGCGAACAGCUGCAGAAGGAGAAGGAUGAGCUGCAGAAGGAGAAGGGGGAAUGGGAGAAGGAGAAGAGGGAGAUGCAGAGGAGGCUGGAUGAAGUUCUCCCUUCAGUGACCGAGCUCCAGAACGAGAAUGAUGUCCUGAGCACGAAGCUUGUCCUCGAAGAACGUAAGAGGAAGAUCUGUGAGGAGAAGGUGGACGUGACAACGGUUACCUUUGGGGAACAAGAAGAAGGGGUGGAGGAAGAUGGGGAGAGCCUCUGUGCUGACUUCCGACCUCGGAUCACGCUGAGGUGGGAGCGUGAUGCAGAGGAGCGCACCAUUUUUCCUCCAGCCUUUGACGUUGAGUUGGUGGCCGUGGAGGGAGAAGAAGAAGAAAAAGAAGGAGAAGCGCAAGGUACCGGAGUUGAGAAUCAGGCAGCUCUAGCCGAAGUGCAGCCUCCUGAGGUGCAUCCAGUCUCGUCUGACGAAGUGCAGGCGUUGCCUCUUCCUGAAGCAGGAGUGCCAUUCCUGCCUGCUGGAGACGAGCCCAUAUCCCCACCUGUUCCCGCUGAGGAGCAGCCUCCUCCUCCAGCAGAGUAGUUUAGGAUUUUUUGUGUUAUUAGUGUAAAUAACAGUUUUGUAUUUGAGAUUAAUGUAUAAAAUUUUUAAAUUUAUGAUUAUCUGGUGUUCGAUUUUAGAUUUGUGAUUGAUGUUUUCCUUUGGGAAACUCUUUUUGGAUAAAAUAAGUUAACUUGA